AUGGAGCGAGGAACUUCAAUCAAAUCCAUUCUUCAACGUGGCUCAGACCGGACUCCUCUCCACUAUGCGUCAGAACACGGCCACGCAGAUGCCAUUCGCGUCCUGAUUGCCCGCGGUGCAGACAUUACCGCCAGAGCUAAAGGAGGCAAAACCCCACUACACGUCGCAGGAGGAGACGAGGAAGUAGUCGAGGCAUUGAUAUCUCUGGGGUCCGAUAUGACAGCCGAAGAUGACACUGGUGCCACGCCACUCCACACUCUCGCCAUGGCUGGGCAGACAGCCGGCAUAAGAACACUUUUGGAUGCCCGUUGCCCUGCUCAUUCUAUCGACAAGGCACAGAGUACGCCUCUUCAUCUCGCCUGCCGCCGGCCAAACAAUGCAAGCGCUGUCUCGACUCUCCUCUCCGCCGGCGCAUACGUCAAUGCACCCGACGCAGAAGGCGUAAGACCUUUGCACGAAGCUUGCCAGUACGGAAACGUAGAACUCAUCCAGCUACUAGCCACUGCUGGCGCCGACCUGGAA